AGAAGCUUUAACAGUGAUGCCUUCUAACUCAGACAUUUGUGAUGGAGGGAUGACAACAGCAACUGGGUUGCUGGACACGUCAAACACAGGAAACUUUAGCAGGCGCGAUGCUGCUGCAUUAACAAGCCGAAAUACGAUGAAAACAGAGCUUGACUCCGAAGAGGCAGGAGCCAUAAGUGCAGAGUUUCAGGUUUUUGUUUUUAUCUUAAAAUUAAAAAAACAUAUUUAUUUUAAAAGUGUUUAAAUUAUGGCCUGAUGGAUUAACCGUAAAAGCAACCCUCAAAUUUUAAUUGCUUCUAUUGUUUUGAAGUUGCUUAACAUAAAUAAUUUACUCACAGAGAAAAAUUAGGAAAACUUUAACAGUCAUUAUUUGGCUUUACUGUUCCCGAUGCCACUCCCCCUUCUCACUGAAUAUUUUGUCAAAACAGGAGAGCGGCAGUCUACUGGCCCCACUUAGCGGUGAGAUACCAGCCUACUCCAUACUGCUAUACAGACAGGGAUCAACCCCAGUACAAGAGGAGGGGCUGGAUCAGUUUAUGUAAUCAUUCAAGAUAUUUAUAGACCAAUCUAACCUAAAAUAUUAACUAUUGGAGUUUUAAAUAUCUAAUUUUACUUGCUAGAGGUCUCAUGCCUACAUUUUGUCUGAGGAAACCUGUUGGUACUGGUUAUUUGCCAACCUAAAAUUCCUCUGUAAGGGUGCUUCUCUAUCCUAAGAGUUUGACCAGCUGACCAUUUAGGAACAGAAUCUGGGUAGAAGGGAAGUGGGACAGGGGCUGGUAAUUUUUCUGGGUAUGUUGCUACAUGGCUCGCUUCACACAUUGACAAGAAUUGCUUGGGUAUGACCAGUUUGCCAUGAAGACGUUGGUAGCCUCGGCUCUCUAAGUACUUGGAUUUGUAAACUCGUAUGAGUACUGUGUAUCCACAAACAAUGACCCCUUAAGACAUUUAUUUCUAGAAUGGCUGCUGGGGAGAUUGGGGUCAGAGCCAGUAGUAAAAUGAAGUAGGUGACACGUUUUUUUAAUGAAAGUCACAUCAUCUUUACAUUUUAUUUUUUAAAAAUGACUGCUUUCUGUAAAUAUAAAAUUCUAGAAUUUAAUUAGAUAUUACUGUUGAUUAUAAUUAUACAUAUUUGAUUUCUUAUAAAUUUACACCUUCCAUCAGCAACAUAACAUACCUUUCAUUUACUCAAAUAAACAAAUGAGUGCAUCAGUAAAUUUGGUAUAACUAUGGUAUAAAAUAUAUUAUGUCCAGACUGGAUUAAAGUAAAGCUUGGCAUUAGUGGUCUUAACUUUUGUCACAGGCCGCAAGCAUCCAGUCAGUCUCUGAAUCCCUCUAGCACACCUUUCAAAGUACAGUCCUUUCUGCUAGCCC